GGAUACUGUGAAAUUAUUCUUAAUUUGAUUAUGUAGACAGUGUUUUGCUGUUUGUAUGCAUCUGUGAUUACUGUCUCAACAAAGAUGGUGAGCUAGUUGUGGAGGAAUUGUGCGUGUUUUCUUAGAAGAUGUCUCUUUACUAUGAUGAUUGCCUUUUUGCUUAUACAUAUAGUGGGGUCUUGAUAUGCUCUCUGCAUUUAGUUUCGCAGUGUCUAACACUAAUAUUGAUAAUUAUACCACAAUACUGAAGUUAAUCAGGCUUGAUAGUAUUAGGUAUCAUAAUGGUAGAGAAGAUGGAUUAACCUUUUCAUCUCUUGGAUGCUAUCAUUUUUUGUAUUUAGUAGGGGUGCAACCUAGAGGUCACAAUUUAACAUAUUAUGUGGGGGUUAAGAUCUACAUACAUCUUAUUUAUCUCCAACCCCAACCACCACGAGAGUAUUGUGUACAAGAGUUGUUUAUAUUUUAACAGACGAAGCUGUGGUUCAGUGGUGCAUGUGUGCAACCUAACGGUCACAUGUUCAAUUCCUGGAAACAGUCUCUCAGUAUGCAGGGGCGUAAUGUUGUUCUGUCUGAGUCGGGGAAACUAAAAGUAGUUAAUGAUGGUGUAACAAUUGCUCGAGCUAUUGAGCUUUCAGAUACAUUGGAGAAUGUUGGAGCAAUGCUUAUUCAAGAGGUUCAUGGUUGCGUGUAAAAUGAAUGAUUUGGCCGGUGAUGGUACUACCACAGCAAUCAUAUUGGCUCGUGAAAUGAUCAGAUCGGGGUUGUUGGCUGUUGCUUUUGGCGCGAACCCUGUUUCGUUGAAGAAAGGAAUGGACCGGACUGUUGUGGAAUUGGUCAAGGUCUUGAAAAAGAGAAGUUAUCCUGUAAAAGGAAGAGAUGAUAUAAAAGCCGUGGCUUCAAUCUCUGCUGGAAAUGAUGAGUUUGUUGGGAAUUUGAUUGCUGAAGCGAUAGAGAAAAUUGGCCCCGAUGGAAUAGUCUCUCUUGAAUCAUCAGCUUCAGCUGAAACCUCCGUUAUAGUUGAGGAAGGAAUGAAGAUUGACAAGGGUUAUAUGUCACCACACUUCAUCACAAACCAAGAAAAAUCUAUUGUGGAGUUUGACAAUGCUAAAGUCCUUGUAACUGAUCAAAAAAUUGCGACAGUGGAAGAAAUAGUUCCUUUGCUAGAAAAGGCGAAUCAGUUGAGUGUUCCACUGCUAAUUUUUGCUGAGGAUAUCUCAAUGAAAGUAUUGAGAACACUAGUGGUUAACAAAACACAAGGUCUGCUUAAUGUUGCUGUUGUCAAAUGCCCGGGAGUUGGAGAAAGAAAGAAAGCUCUGUUGCAGGACAUUGCCCUUAUGACAGGUGCUGAUUAUAUCUCUGGAGAAUUGGGACUCGGCCUUAUAGGUGCAACAUCAGAUCAGCUUGGUGUUGCACGAAAAGUUACCAUAACAAGUAACUCAACAACCAUUGUAGCUGACCCCUCAACCAAAGCUGAAAUUCAAGCAAGAAUUUUGCAGAUAAAGAAGGAUCUUGCUGAAACCAAUAAUGCUUAUCUGUCGAGAAAGCUCUCCGAAAGAAUUGCUAAACUCUGUGGUGGUGUGGCUGUCAUCAAGGUUGGAGCACACACUGAAUUGGAACUUGAAGAUAGGAAACUGAGAAUUGAGGAUGCAAAGAAUUCUACAUUUGCUGCCAUGGAUGAGGGAAUUGUGCCUGGGGGUGGUGCCACAUAUGUUCAUCUUACAGAGCAGGUUCCCAUGAUCAAGGACUCUAUGGAGGAUGCAAAUGAACGGAUUGGUGUUGAUAUAGUAGCGAAGGCACUUGUUGCACCUGCCAGAGCAAUUGCUACCAAUGCAGGGGUUGAUGGGGAGGUGGUCAUAGAAAAGAUUCGAUCAUGUGAAUGGAGAUGUGGCUACAAUGCAAUGGCGGACAAAUAUGAAGAUCUUCUAAAUGCUGGAGUGAUAGAUCCUUGCAAGGUUUCAAGAUAUGCUCUUCAAAUUGCUGCCUCCAUUGCUGGGGUAGUUCUAACAACUCAAGCUGUCAUGGUGGAAAAAGUAAAGAAGCCAAAGCCUAGUAUCCCUCAGGUUCCUGGAAUAACACCUUGAAACCCGAAAAAGAUACCAUAUGAGCUGUUUCACCUACAUCCAGACAAGGCCUGUACAUUUCGGUAGCCUGGUUUUGACUUCAAGGUAAGUAUAGAAGACGAAGAGGUAUUUCCAUAGAUCACGUUCUCAUCCAACUUUUAAAAAAUGAGAGCAUGAAGUGCCAAGUUGAAUUUCUUUUUGUGUAUGUUGGGUAAUUCUAGAUGUCUCUUUUGUGUAACGGAAUUCUAAGAUGAAUAUUGAAUAGAUAGACCUUCUUCUAGACUA